GUGCCAUUANAGGUAUGUAACGUUGAUGGAACGUGGUUUAGGCAUCCGGAAACGAACAAAACAUGGUCAAAUUACACAACAUGCAUCGACCAUGAAGAUUUAAUGUUUCGCCAGAAAAUAAACAACUUAUACAUCGCUGGAUAUUCCAUCUCGUUGAUAGCUCUUAUCAUAUCUCUGGCUGUUUUUUUCUAUUUUAGGUCAUUGCAGUGCAUUAGAAUUACAAUUCACAAGAAUUUAUUCUUCUCAUUUAUCAUGAAUAAUAUCAUGUGGAUAAUUUGGUAUACAGAAGUAGUACAACACGUUGAUAUAGUCGUAGGAAACAGCCCAGGUUGUCAGAUAUUGCAUUUGUUAGUCCAUUAUUUUCUUCUUUGCAAUUAUUUCUGGAUGUUUUGUGAGGGUUUACAUUUGCAUACAUUAAUGAUCUUCACGUUUGUGGAAGAGAAGAAGAUGCUGAAAAUCUUUUUCCUCAUAGGAUGGGUUCUACCCCUAUUGCUGAUAACGAUAUACGGCUGUGUAAGAAUGUCCAUACCGAAAUUAACAGUUUAUUGCUGGAUAGAGGAGACUAAUUUACAAUGGAUUAUUUCUGGUCCUGUAUGUUUAUCCAUGAUGUUAAAUGUCAUAUUUUUGAUAAAUAUCGUUCGUGUUUUAAUAACGAAAUUACGUGCUAUUAAUUCGCCAGAAACACACCAGACAAAAAAAGCAGUUCGAGCUACUUUAAUUUUGCUUCCACUCCUGGGACUUCAUUAUCUUGUAACACCAUUCAGACCUCAACCAGGUACCUCUGGUGAAGCUGUAUAUGAAAUUGUAGCUGCCAUUGUAACUUCUUUUCAGGAAGAGGAAGAUAAAAGUAAUUGUUUGGUACUGCCAUCUGGGGAUAGGAAAGCAUACUAG